GCUCAGAUCAGAACAUUAACUAGCCCACCUUUUCACAUUCUGUGCACACUGCACUAUCUGUCAUCAACACCCAAACCAAACACACUAUACAAAUCUGUACUACACUGCAUUCAUUCAUAUUCAUUCAUUUCAUUGCAUUCAUUGCACUCAGUUCACCGCCAUCUUGUCCCCAUCCUCCUUCCACUCACUCACCUAUCCAAAAAUACCAUGCCAAUCCCACUUUCCAAUAUUCAACUCAUUUGAUAACUCAGAUUCUUCAUUCUUGGAUCUCACACUUCUCUUCACAAUUGGCAAAAUCAACAGUUUUUUUGGUGUGCUAAGUUCAAGAUCCAAUGGCAGUUGCUGCGAGAGGAGGCAGAGGUGGAUCUACCUUCCGUGGCUUCUUCUCGUUCCGGAUCUUCAUCUCUGCCAUGUUUUCUCUCCUUUUCAUAGCCACCCUUUCAGUCCUCUUCUCCACAAAUCCAUCCACACCAAACGAUGACUCUGAUCUUCCCACGACUGGUAAUGCAUACGUGCAUCGAACAUUUUUGGCAUUGAAAUCUGACCCUCUUAGGACCAGGGUGGAUUUGAUUCACCAGCAAGCUAAGGAUCACAUAACACUAGUGAAUGCUUAUGCUGCUUAUGCUAGGAAGCUCAAGCUUGAUAUUUCUAGGCAGUUGAAGAUGUUUGAUGAGUUGGCGCAUAAUUUUUCGGACAUUUCAUUGAAGCCGACGUAUCGCGCUUCGUUGUUUGAGUCGGAUGGUCCGAUUGAUGAGGAUGUGCUGAGGCAGUUUGAGAAGGAGAUUAAGGAUAGGGUGAAGAUUGCAAGGAUGAUGAUUGUUGAGGCAAAAGAGAAUUAUGAUAAUCAGUUGAAGAUUCAGAAGUUGAAGGAUACUAUUUUUGCUGUUCAUGAGUCACUUUCAAAGGCAAAGAAGAAUGGGGCACUGGCUAGCUUGAUUUCUGCCAAAUCAGUUCCCAAGAGCUUGCAUUGUUUGGCUAUGAGGCUGAUGGGUGAGAAGAUUUCAAAUCCGGAGAAAUAUAGGGAUGAGGAAUCUAAGCCAGAGUUUGAAGAUCCUAAUUUGUAUCAUUAUGCAAUAUUCUCGGAUAAUGUGAUUGCUGUAUCUGUGGUGGUGAGAUCUGUGGUGAAGAAUGCAGUAGAGCCAUGGAAGCAUGUUUUUCAUAUAGUUACAAACAGGAUGAAUGUUGCAGCAAUGAAGGUUUGGUUUAAGAUCAGGCCAGUUGAAGGGGGCGCGUUUUUAGAGAUAAAGUCAGUAGAAGAAUUCACGUUCUUAAAUUCAUCAUAUGUACCAGUACUGAGGCAACUUGAAUCAGCAAAAAUCCAUCAGCGUUACUUUGAGAAUCCAGCUGAAAAUGGUACAGAUGAUGCACAUGACAUGAAAUUUAAAAGUGCUAAGUACUUGUCCAUGUUGGAUCACCUUCGGUUUUAUUUGCCACAGAUGUACCCUAAUUUGCAUCACAUCUUACUUUUGGAUGAUGAUGUUGUGGUUCAAAAAGACUUAACAGGUUUGUGGAAGAUUGAUUUGGAUGGGAAGGUGAAUGGUGCUGUUGAGAUCUGUUUUGGCUCUUUCCACCGGUAUGCCCAGUACUUGAAUUUCUCUCAUCCUUUAAUUAAGGAUAGCUUCAAUCCGAAAACUUGUGCUUGGGCCUAUGGUAUGAAUAUAUUUGAUCUUGAGGCUUGGAGGCGUGAAAAAUGCACAGAAAAUUACCAUUAUUGGCAGAACAAGAAUGAAGACCAAACUUUGUGGAAAUCAGGGACGCUUUCACCUGGUUUGAUCACCUUCUACUCCACAACCAAGUCAUUGGACAAAUCAUGGCAUGUGCUUGGAUUAGGGUACAAUCCCAGUAUUAGCAUGGAUGAGAUCAACAAUGCUGCAGUCAUUCAUUACAAUGGAAACAUGAAACCUUGGCUUGAUAUUGCUUUGAAUCAAUACAAAAAUCUCUGGACCAAAUAUGUGGACAAUGAUAUGGAGUUUGUUCAGAUGUGCAAUUUUGGCUUGUAGUUGAGAUUAACACACUGCUGUUAUAGUAUUAGCUUGAGAUGGCAUGUCCAUUGUGGUUUACCAUAUCCUUUCAGUAUAGGGCAUCUCAAGUUAAAUGUUGCUUGUCACAUAGAAGUUGUGUUGCCAUCACGUUUCUUCUAAACUGGGAGUGCCAUCUGAGAAUUUCAUUGUUGAUAAUUUUCAGAUGCUAAACAAUAAUUUUGACAAACUGAAUUUGGAAAUUGUACACGAAAUAGUUUUUUGUAUUUUUCUCCUUAUAUAGUUCGGAGCAUAUGUAUCACGUAUUUUAUUUCUAAUGGUAGUUCAUGACUCUAAUAAAUGAGAAGGCACUACUAUUUAAUUAUUUAUUCAA